AAAUUAUUAAAAAAUAUUUUUAGUUGUUUUUUAAUAAUGAUGAGCUCAGUUAGAUCGAGAGAGAAUAGAAAGCAUUCUUAAGUUAGCAAAUCUUUAAAUUUUAGUCUUCCAAAAAGAGCCUCAUCAUAAAUAAAGUAAUAUUAUAUUUAAAAAAAAUAGAAUUCAUCAUUUACCUAGUAUCUCUAAUAAUUCAACAUGUUGUAGCAAUUCGAAUACUUCUAGUCCUCCAUAAAGUUGUUCGAAAUUAGAGGAUGAUUGCAUUGAUAGUAAAUAAAAGUUUGAUUACUAGUGUCUCCUGUUUCUAAAAAUACAUCAUAAGAUCCUUUGAAUUAUUUUAAUUAUGAUGACUUCCAAUAUAUUCUUCCAAUCACUAUUAAUGGAGUAAAAAUAUUAAAACUUGAUUGGAGUUACUUUUCAGCUCCUCCAAACAUUUUAUCACCUUGGAAAGCACAUUGCUUUUGGACUGUUGGAUACACUUUUGAUAUUAAUAUGAGAAAAAUGAAAAAAUCAUAAAAUAUUAAAUAUCGACUCGUUAUUUAAAGUUGGUGUUGUCUCAAUAAUAAAUCUUGGGUAAAAAAUAAAUGGGAUCGAUUGUUAGAACAUGAAACUGGACAUUAUUUAAUUGGAUGUUUAUGUGCUUUAGAUUUCAAAUAAAAGUAAAUAUAUUUCAUAUAUUUAGAGCUGAUAAAUUUAAAUAUACUAAAAAUUACAGAAUGGAAUGUACUAAAUUGUUUUAAGAUAUAUUCUAGUUUUAUCUUCAGAUGGAAAAGUAAUAUGAUGAAGAAACAAAUCAUAGUUAGAAUGUUUCAAAGUAAAAGGAAUGGAAUGAAUUCAUUAAGUCAGAACUUUUAAAAUAUUGA